AUGUCUAUAUUGUCGCAAUCUAUUUGCUCGAUCUUACUAGCCUCGAGCUUUCUCUUUAACGGGGCUUAUGGGAGAGAACUUCUCGGUUAUCGAAUUGUUCCUCAGGAGGAAGCCGAUUUUGUCAAUGAGCAUAACAAGCCAUAUACAGAGGAGAAGGACUAUGAAAGAUUCUAUGAUCAGAUGGGAAAGGGCCUUCACUUGGUAAAUGAGCCUGCUAGUUGGUGGGGCCGAGAAUGGGAAUGGUAUUGCGCUUUCGAAGCAGAUCUUGAAAAGAUUAAAGAGGCAACCAAAGUAUGGAUCCCACACGUAAACUAUAUGUAUUAUGAGAAUCUAUGGUAUCGAGAAGAAAGAGAGAUCUUGGAGUAUAUCACGACAAUAGUGUCAGAAAACCCGGAGAAGGCAUUACGCUUUUCAAUUGGUUAUUUCUCAGCACGCACUGAAGAGAUGACAAUGGCUAUUCCACUUGCAGCGGUGCAGAACAAUGACUACGAUUUGUGGGGGAAAUGCUGGAGAACAAGGGAUGAGUUGAAAGAAUAUGCAAACAGAAUUCUUGAUUGGAGGAGUUGGGAAAUUAUUGGAACACCUGGAGAACGAGAAAAAACACUUUAA